AUGUGGAAGAACAUGAUUUUCAUGCUGGCAUUCGUCUUUCCUGUAUUAUACGGACUUGCCGCAAGUCAGGGCUCAGCUCAUCGAGAUAUCAUUCCCGCAGAAAUCCUCUUCCCACGAAACGUAUCCCCAGGUGGAUUGAUCAUCCGAGAGUCAAGACUUCAGAAGAGAGCAUGUCUCGUCGGAUACUUUGCCUGUGGUAUCAAUUGCGUGCCUAUUGUAGGUGGUGAUUGCUGUCUUGACGGGACCUUUUGUACAGAUAACAACAGAUGUGUGUUAUUUGGAGGAAGACUGCAGUGCUGCACCAACCUUGCCUGCACUUCUUACUAUAGAUCUCAAACUAGCACGAAGACCUCUAGCACGAACACACCUACCACGAAGCCGCCAAGCUCAAGCCCGCCUCCUCCAAACCUUCCCACUACCCCACCGUUGCCUACUCCAACACCUCCUACGACGCCUCCCGUUGUUCCUCCUCCUUCAACGAGCGUUCAAACCUCAAUCAUCACGGCAACCAAGCCAGUUACGGUUGUGACAACGGCUCCUGCACCACCUCCUCCUCCCAGUCCCACCCCAGUCCAACCACCUCCUCCUCCUCCCACAACAGCUGCCACAAGUCCUCCGAAGAGCCCUGAUCCAACUACGGUCACUACACAAGCAAAUCCACCCAGCUCUACGACUGUGCCUCCCGUAGUUGUACCAACUACAAGCGGACCACCUCCCACCAUAACAACUUCGCAGCAACCACCACCCAACGCUCCACCACCGCCACCCUCACAAGUUGGCGGCCUAGGCUCGAGUAUCGAAAUCGUCACAUUAGCAAAUAUAAACAAUCCUUUCUUCCCGACUCAAACGACCGAUCAACCAGCUGUUGUUACGGCUACGAAUUUACCUGCUGUAUCUACUCGGCCUGCUUCUUCCGCUUCUCGAAAUAUUUCGAAGGAUAGCAGUUAUCGAAUGCUGGUGGCCUUAAUGAUGGUGGUAGUGUGUGCUGAGUUUUGGAUAUUGUAA